CUGCAACAUCAGCGCCCUCAAAGCGCUGCCCCGCAAAAAUUUCGCAGCCGCCGCCCGGUGCUCUUCAAGCUCUUCACUUUAAUUAAAAUUACUUUUCAAAAAGAUAACGGACUGUAUCGCUUGUGAAAAAAGAAUCGAGUUCGCUCAAAGCGUAAUUAGAAAGUGACACCUUAAAAAAAAACUGUACUGGUAAUGCAGCAACAUAGGGUGGAGACUCAUAUCCUACAUGAGGAACAAAUUUUGGAAGCAAUAGAUCAAUUACGAAGAAGAAAAGCUCGUCCCGAUGCUGAUAGAAUUUGUAAUUAUUUAUUACGAAAAUUCUCAGUUGAUGCACGUGACACAAUUGCUGACCUUCAUAAAUUGAUAGAAGCGGAAAAAGUAAUACAGGUUGAUUAUAAGGGAAAUACAAGUUACCGUAAUGCCUCUAAAUGGUCACGCCUUCAACUCUAUAAAAACAGACCCGAGGGUUUUGUGAAAGAUAAACUUAACUCGGCAAUGGUCGCUGGCGCCGUUGCUGAAUUAGUAGUGGAGGAACCAGAUUAUCUUGAUCAGGGUGUGCCUGCAUUUAGAUUAGUUGAACAAUUAUUAGAUGGAAUAUCAAAUCCAACAUCACGACGUAUGGUUGAAGAUUUUCUCAAUAAAGAAACUGCUAGUGGAAAUUUAACGCGACUUGCGAAUGGAAAUUAUUCAUUGGUCGCGACAACUGACUUACGACAAGAUACAAUCAUGGAAAAUGGUAGUGGUAGUGUUAAAAAUAAUAAAGAACCAACAACAAGUACAUCAUCAAUUACAAGUCCUUAUGAUUUUGAUGAAGCAGAUGAUAUGACAAUGCCUGAUUCAUUGUCAAAUACACCAAGAUCAUCGCGGCAGGCAAGUCCCAAAUCUGAACAAGGUAAAAAUAAAGAUGAUUAUUAUGAAAUUGGAAAUAAUACACCAACAAAAAAAGAUGAACAACAACAAUUGGAGGAUAGAGAAAAAAAGGAGAAAACACCAUUGCCAAGUUCAUCAUCAACUUCAGAUAUUCAAGAGGAACAAAAACUUGAUACUCAAAAUCUUAACCUCAAAAAAAUAGGAAAAGUUGAACGUAAGCAGAAAUUAUGUGUGCGAACAGAUGACACAGCUGAUAUUGAAAUUAAAUAUGAUGAAUAUAAUAAAAAUAUAAAGGAUUAUGUUGAAAAGGAAAGAAGAGAUGAAAAUGGUCAUCUUAGCGAGGAUCGCGAUGAGGAGGAUGCGGGUCGAAGUUCCACUAAUCCUUCACCAACACCUUCUAAUGCUAAUGCUGGAGCUUUUCGAAGUGCACGUAGAAAGCGUGCGAAGAAAGUAUUCGAUCCGUCAGACAAUAAUUUGGUUAAAAGAAAAAGAGGAAGGCAACCAACGUCACAAAAUAAAACUAUGACAACAUCUCAAGAUUCUCAAGAAUCAUUGAAACCUAUCGCGAAAGAUGGACCAAACAGGCAAUGUAGUUUAUGCUCUAAAGAAAAACAGGAAUCUCUUAUUGCUUGUCGUGAUUGUACAGUAAGAGCGCAUCCGUCUUGUGUCUAUACCUCCGAUGUUUUGCACCACAAAUCCGGUAGCAGUUGGCAAUGUGAACGAUGCAAAAGUUGUGUCAUCUGCUGUGAAACAUCCGACGCAGGACCUCUGAUAAGUUGUUAUAAUUGUGACGAUGCAUAUCAUUCAUUUUGUCAUUCACCGCGAAUCAAUAAAUCAAAUUCAAAAUGGCAUUGUAACGAUUGUACGCAAAAGAAUUUUAAAUCAACAUUAAGCCAAAGUAUUGGUUUAAUAACAAAUCGUUCGGAAUCACCAAAUAAUACAACAGUACUACCACCAGUUCUUAGUCCACAAGUUUCUCCAAAUCGAUCAUCUCCUAAUCACAUGGAGGACGAUAUUUCUGGUGAUGGAAUCGAUCCAAAUAUACCCGAUGCUUCCGAUUGGACGUCAGAGCAAGUUUAUCAAUAUUUUGCCCGACUAUUUCCAAAGGAGGCAGAAAUUUUUAGACAUCAGGACAUAGACGGACAUUCUCUUUUAAUGAUGAAGAGAUCCGAUGUUCUUAAUCGAUUAGAUUUGCUCCUGGGUCCAGCGUUAAAAAUUUAUAGACAUGUUUUAAAACUCCAAGUUCGAAGGGACGAUCCAAAACUUUACUGGCUAUAAGUAGAUUAUCAAUUUUUUAAUGAUAUAAUUAAAAAAAAAUGUUUAAUUAUUUUCUAAUAGUUUAAGUGAUUUACAGUAACAAAAAGAAAAACAAUAUUAAUGUUAUAUUGUUUUGUUUUAAAUGAUACUAUAAAUGUAUUUAAUAUUUAAUUUUAUUUAAAAAAAAUUAUUUAAUUAUUAGUAAAUUAUUCUGAUGCAAAUAAUUAUAAAAAAAUAGAUUCUCAACGUCAAGUGUUAUUAUCAUGUGAGUUUUUAAAUAUAGUUAUGUAUAAAGACAGUAUAAAUUUACAAGUGUUAAAACUGGCUGGUUUUAUAUAAAAAAAAAAAUUAUCCUGAUAAUAAAUGAUAUUUAUUAUAUAUAAACCAGAGUUUUUUUUUUGGUGAGAAAUAAUGAAGAAAGCAAUAAAUUAUUUAAUAACA